AUGUUUGCCUCAACCAAAAUGUUCAUGUUCAUUUUUGGCACCCUUGGUAUCAUACAGGGGGCGGCAUUCACUUAUAUGAUCGCCAGCACCACCACAUUAGAGCGGAGGUAUGCGUUUGGCAGUAAAGUUACCGGACUUAUACUGAUCGCCGACAACGUGAUGGAGCUCACGAUGAGUCCAGUGUUUGGCUAUUUAGCUACCCGUGCGCACCGGCCCCGUAUGAUCGCCUAUUGCCAUUUAGUUGUGGUACUGGGAUGCUAUUUGGCGGCCCUACCAUACUUCAUAUACGGCCCGGGAGUACACCUAUUGAACACCGAUGUCAACGGUUUAGUGUUGAAUACAAGUGUCGAGUAUUGCGAUUCAAACCGACUGGACGGUCGUGAUUGCGAUGGCCCUACCGGUGCCUCCAGUACCGUAGUGUUGGCUGUUCUGGUGCUAUGGUUGGGCAGCUUUUGCAACGGCAUAGGAUUUGUGGCCUUUUAUACGAUAGGAAUUCCGUUUAUCGACGACUCCGUCAAGAAGAAGAAUUCGCCCCUUUAUUUGAGUCAGUGUUACCGGUGCGGUUCAACUCUGUGGCCCAACACUUGGUUUUAUGCUCUCAUCCUAUUGUCUGACAUAUUAUGAAAACCCAUUUCUUGAUCCGGGUAUCGAUAGUCGCGACCCUCGAUGGGUAGGCGCUUGGUGGAUUGGGUUUAUUGCAAUCGGCACCGGUAUACUCAUAUU